AGACAGUGUGAGAGAGAGAGAGUCUAAUCUAUAAAUAUCUUCCCUUCCUCUCCUUCUUCUUGUUCCCUCACUUUGCUCUUCCUCAUUGCUCUCGAUUCGAAAAAAGGGUUCGUUGACGCGUCUUAUCAUUCUCCAGAGUAUAAACGUUGUGUGGAGCAUUUCAGAUUCAUCAAAGAGAAGAAGAAGAAGAAGAAGAAGAAGAAGAAGAAGAUGGAGGUAUUUGGAAAAUCUCCCGUGGUCACCUCUGCGAACGUUAUUUACUUGUCUGCGAUUCUAGGUCGCGGAGACAGCGACGACCACCAGUCUCACAAAUGCGACUGGAAAUGCGAGAACGAAAACGUUUGCGGGAACAUGUACCGCUGCAAGCUAACGGGACUGACUCACGUCUGCGACUACAACUGUGACCAGAGGAUCCUCUACGAUAACCACACCUCUCUGUGCCGCGCCAGCGGCAGGGUUUUCCCUCUUUCUCCCGUUGAGGAGCAGGCGGUUAGAGGUGUGAGGAGGAAGCUUGACAGCAACGAGACCGUUACUGAGGCGGGUUGUUGUUCGUUUAAGCGUCGUAGGCGUGGUGGUGAUGUCCAGCUCCAGGCUUCUCCUUUUGAGAGGUCUUUCGCUGCUGUGAGUCCGAUAUGUAGUACUAGCCCCGCAGGAGACGGGAUGGAUCUGAGUUAGGUCCUUGUGAUCAUCUCCUCAUGAGACCUGAGAGGCUCUUUUUAUCUCACCUAGUAUAACUUACUUUUAUCUUUAUUUUGGAUAACUAUGGACAAGACUUAAGAGACAUUUGUGCUAUUACUCUAGCAGGGAGGGUCUAGGCAUCCUUCCCUGCCUGAAAGAGAGCUUUAUCUUUAUUAUUGUUGAACUUUAUGUAGUAGUACUUAUGUAGGAGAGACUUUAUUAUUAUUAUUCUAUUGCUCUAUUCUGGA